AUUAACUGUAUAAAAGUAAUUGUUCCUCAUGAUAUUGAAUCAGAGGAAACAAUACAGCAAGUGUAAAAGCACCUCCAGUUUGUCUUUGUGGCCGAGACUGGUGGUUUACUUGUCAAGCAUGCCUGAUAGGUGGAAGAGGAGAGUAAAGGUUUACAUGGUGGCCAUAAUGUUGGUAUCUGCGUGUAUGACCUAUAUGCACUACAGAUACCUCACAGAGACUAAGUUGAGGAGGAGGCCGUUGGAACAUACAAGUGAGAUACUACGUAAUAAUAUACAUGGUAAAGUAACUGAAGUUAAAGAUGAGCCAAAAGCAGUUACAAAAGAAGUUAAUGCAGUCAUAAAAGAAGUUACUGCAAUCACAAAAGAAGUACCAAACGAUGACGAGAAAUACCUCGGAUAUGUUUGUGUGAGAAUAGGUUGUAAUGGAUGGGGCGAUCGCUUGAUAGGAAUAUUAACUGCAUAUGUGUGGUCAAUUAUUAUGGAUCGUAAAUUUUUCAUAAUGAUAACCCAUCCAGGGCCAUUGACGGAUGUGCUGCUACCGAACAAGGUGAACUGGAAUAUAGCUGUGCCCAGUAAUCUCCGAGCUUAUACUAACAUAAGGUUGAUGGGUGAUGAGGAAUUUGUUGAAUCAAUUAAACAUGGUGCCCCAAAAUUAAUGAAUAUAACAUCCAAAUACAUUGCAUUUAAUAACAACUUUGACCACAUCACUCCUAUUGGCCAGAAUCCAGUUUUCAUGGCAAAACUACAUAAACAUGGAUACAACAUGACAAAUUUCAACUUUCGAAGAGUUCUCCAUGAUAUUUACACAGAGCUGUUCAAGCUCACUCCUGAUUUGCGACAAAGACUGGAAAUAGUACUGUACCAGGCAAAACAUCAAGGACAGAAAAGACUUGUAUGUCUUCAAAUACGAAUCGGUAAAAGUUCCACCAUGGCAAAGGACCGCAGACAUGAAGUUAACAAACACGACGUUCAUAAAUUCUGGGAGUUCGCCGACUCCCACGUAGAUUCCUCUGAGGAUAAGAUAUUUAUAACCACUGACUCUGAAACAGUGCGGAAUGAAGCUAAAGAUAGGUAUGGCAAAAGAAUGCUGGAAAUUCCUGGGGAAAUAACACAUACAGAUUGGUUUGAACCAACAAAGGCCAGUCUGGGUAUGUUCAAACUCAUCUUAGACUUCCACGUCCUCCAACAUUGUGAUGUCAUAGGGAUGAGUCCGAGUGGCUUCUCAGCAUUAGCGGCCUAUCAGAAACGUCCUUUUGAGGAUGUCUACUUAUUCAGUAACCACGAAUUUGUACUUUGUCCCGACAUCAACUCUGAUGAACAUUGCAUGACAAGACUAGGACCCCCGCCUUUUCCAAUUUACCCCAAAAAGGCAAACCAAACCAGCAAACCUAUACCUAGUACAGCGUACCCCAAACAAAACCAUCAAACUCAGUCCAACUACAAUAUUCCUAAUGAGGCAAACCAAACCAAACCAUCAAACACUCGAUAUGAAACUGCAAGCAUAGAUUAUGAUCAAACAAACAAACAUACAGUAUUUGGAUAGUGAUUUAGUUACUUCAAAGACAAAUAGAUGGCUCUUAUUUUAACUCUAAAUUUAGCCCUUUCAAGUCAUUUUUAACACUGGGAUAGAAAAGGAAUGGGGCAUAAUGUCUUGAUGUAAAACGAUCAAGUUUAUAGCUCUCUGGGUACAGAUUAUUAUCUCAAUGUCCCAUUUACAGAGAGACACAUUUUCCACAAGGAAUCUUAAACUUGGAUAUUCCUUUUUGAUACAACAGAUUACAGUAUAGUGCACAGAUUCUGUAUUACUUACCAUUGUCAAAGUAAAACUUGUGGAACUCCAUGCCUUCUAUCAUGUUCCCAAACGCUUCAGGCUCAAAGCAUGUUAAUGUGGGAUCGACUAGUUUACUGAAAUAAGUAUUAGUCUUCUGAUUAACAAGACAUGAGAUACAGUG